CUGGUCACUAUCUCCGUGGGUAUUGGAGCAAUUGCAGAAACAUUCACUGUCCUCAAGAGUGUAAUCUGUCACUACUCUCCCUUCUUCAAUGCCGCCUUCAACAGUCAAUUCAAGGAAGGGGAUACUCAGUCGAUGGUUUUGAACGAUGCUGAUACGAACGCGUUCCGGCUCUUCGUUGAUUGGCUUUACACCCAAGAGAUUAGAUAUGAUGACGCAGAAACCUCUUCCAUGAUGACUCUUGCAAGACUCUGGAUUCUUGCAGAUCGGUUCCUGAUCCCCAAACUCCAAAAUCAAACCAUGAAGGAAUUUGUGUCUACCACGUCG